GCUGCUCUCUCGCCGUACAAUUACCCGAUCUAAGAUUUCACUAGCGCAUAUGGGGGCAAAUUGUAACAGUGGCUUCCUCCCAGCGGUUACUGCGGCGACUCCUAGUUUUAGAUCGAUUCUCUCUCGGUGUACGUACAGACACCCUCGCCCUCGCCCUCACCCUCGCCCUCGCCCUCGCCCUCGCCCUCGCCCUCGCCCUCGCCCUCACCCUCGGCUCUCUUUCUCACCACGAGUUCACCCGCAGCAACCUCGCCCCACGACUGACGACCACUAUCUCCUCGUGUUCCCUACGAUCUAUUCCCACUUCGCCAGGUCGCCCCAAACGGUGCUGCCUGCACUCUAGCAACCCUUUAGCAAUCACCAGCGCGGUAACGUACGAGCUCUGCAUUACCCUCUGCCCCGUCGAUAUAUUCUUAAACAAAAUACAGCAUGGACACGACGCGCAUUGCAUUGUUUUCACGGAUUAAAAUUGAAAACACAAAGGUAUUAAAAAAUGAUACAAAGUGAUGGAAAUAAAACAAAUAAUGCUAAAGAACCUAAACACAAAUAUGUAAAAGAUAAAGCAUACGUAGUAUUGACGACGACCAUUAGCGGACCAUUAGCGGACCAUUAGCGGCAAGGUGAUACGCGCGGCAAUCGCGAUCGCUGCAACGAAUCAUUUUUCUGCUAUCCAUCCCUACCUUCAUCCACCAUUUAUUUAUUUAUCUUUAUCGUUCAAAUAUUCUUACUGUCGCGUAUUAGCUAAAGAUAAAUAUACGCGGCUCAUGCAAAUAUUCGAACGUUUGCAGACAUCUUUCGUGAAUAUAUUGCGUACGUUAUACGAAAUCGUGAUUAUAGUGUCGAGUCGAACCUCGGUAACCUGUAACAGUGAUGGAACCUCGAGGAAGAAAGAGUUAAAAUCUUCGAAUUUUAGAGGUUUCGAUUUAUCAAAAUUUCCGGGUAGAAGGAAAUUCGAGACGCGGGAGCUUUGUACGAAGGCACAAUUACAUUCACCGUGGUCACCGUGCACGUGGUCGAAGAGCGAAGAAAUAGGGAUAGACGGCUUGACGUCGUCUUACGUUGUUUGAAACAAUCGUGUAAUAAUUAAAAGAAAGGAGACAAUGUGGAACGAUUGAUUUCUCAUAUACUUUGACUCACACACAGCAUAGCUAUAGGUACACUUGGAGUUGCAGAGAUCUGACUGUCCUACAUUCGAUUUAAAUUCGAGUUACAUUCAAGGUAAAAUAAUGCAUCUGUACACGUGACAAAAAAUUCGAGUCAAAGUAAAUUAUAUUUCGACUUUUAGAGUCGGACUCUUCUGCAGUAAACAAAAUUAUAUAGCCUUAUAGGGGUUUUCGAGUUACAGACGUUCGUGUUAUCAGGGUUCGACUGUAUUGGUAAGGUUUGAAACAAAUCGGAAAGUAUACGUAGAAAUUUCAAGAUAUUUAGUGGAAGAAUACAUGUUUCACAGAUACCGCAAAACUAUUCAAACAGUGAAUUAUAUUUUAAUAAACGUCGGUUUAAUAAACGGUAUUCAGUGAGAUCAUAUUUAACUUAUUUAGCUUAUUAUACGCUUAAGAUGGCUGCUGUUCAUGCCGUAUACUAAUUUUUCACAAACAUACGUUUAGACACGAUAAAUAUUUUAUAAUUUCUAUACACAUUUUGAGAUUGGUGUCAAAUUUAACCAAUGUAAUAACGAUAGUCGUGUCCCGUUGCACUGCUGAUGAAAUUUCAAAAUGUUUUAUAUAACGCGAAUACGAUAUGUACUUGAAACAUUUCUACGUUAAGUCUUCCACUAAUUAUUUUAUCCGAAGCAAAAGAGGUGAAGUUAUUUGAUCGCGUUACCUUGACAUUGUCUUGACAACCGCAAACGCACCUAUAAACAAGGGGUGAAAAACUUUUGGUCAGUGAAUACGAUCCUGCUCGAACUUUCAUAACAACGGCAAAUCCUUGUUCCGUAUUUUAUGAUUAACAUCGACCAUCCAAGGAUCCACGGGAAACCACCCGUGAACAAGUGUCUCCCAUCGAAAUAUGUCGAGUCCAGACAAAAGAAACUCACAGAGGAGAAUAUCAUGUACGAGAGAAGAGAAAUCAACGAUGAUCCCGAUGUCAUCAUGGAGAAAAUGGGGAAUGCAGACUGCAAUCAAAACUUCGUCGAAUCGACUGCAUGCUCGUUCGAGCAGCUUUGCAGUAUGAUCAGUGAUCUCGAGAAAGACAUUGCCGUGACGAUUCCAGAAAUCGAUCAGUUACAGCUGAAACCAGAGAAAGACGAGUCCGAAGAGAAAUAUGUAGCAAAUGGAACUGUGUACGACGACCUAAUGUCUUUCUUGGCCAAACUCGAAGAGGGUUCUUUGGAUGAUACCAAGAUAAUCAUACCAGAGGUAGACGCCACCACCAUAUUUGGGGAGAUAUUUGGUAACUUGCAGCCACUGCCUAACAAAACUGUCGUGAACUAUGAUAGCAUUGUUCCAGCCCCUAGCGAUAGCCACCAUGCGUUUAAAAAGGAUUUAGCUACGGCACAGCUGCAACUCGAAGAAAAGAACGCUACCAUAUCGCUCUUGAAAGAACAAUUAAAGACGGAAAGGAGGUUGGCUUGCGACAAGUUGGAAAGUCAGAGGAAGAGCAGCGCCUCCAAACUGCAGCAACAGGACGAGAAAUACAAGGGGAUAGUUAAGAGACAUCAAAAGUUUAUCGAACAGCUAAUCUCGGAGAAAACCGAUUUGACCGAGAAAUGCAAUUCGUUGGCGCAGAGAGUGAAAGAGAUCGAAAUAAAAAUGCAACGGGAUUUGAAGGCUGCAACAGAGAGGCAUACGGUAGAGUUGCAACGAGCGAAAGAGCAUUUUGCCGCGGCUGAGAAGAUUAAACGGGAGAGAUGGAUAGAGGCCAGAACGACAAAGAUCAAGGAAAUGACUGUGAAAGGUUUGGAACCCGAGUUACGUAAUAUGACGGAGCAACACGCCGAGGAAAUUCAGAAGCUAAGAAAUAUACAUAUGAAAGAACUACAGGACACCGAAUUGCGUAUAAUACGCCAUUCUAAUCAACAGCUGGAACAACUGCGUCUAGAAUUGAUGGCCAGUCACGAGAGAAUGUUGGCCAACGAGAAGAAUAUUUUGUGGACCAGAUACCAAGAGCAGCUGAAGGAGCAGGAAAGCCAAUUUAAAGGGCAACAAACGAAACUUUUCCAAGAGUUGCAACGCGACAGAGAAAACUUUACCAAGGAACAAGCUAAACGAGAAGCUGAAAUGCAGGCCAGUUUGCAAAAAAACCAUUCGCAGUAUCAGAGUGAGGUCGAGACUCUGAAGCAGCAACACUCGAACGAGAAGAAGACUCUCGAAGAAUCGCUGAAGGCUGAGUGGGAAGCUUGGUUGGUCAAUUACAAGAGAGAACAGAACUUACGAAUCGAACAAGUCGAGAGUAAGAUAAAAGAGGGGUGUAACAAGGAGAGGGAUCGACAAAUCGAACUUGCUAUCGAACGAUUAGAAAAAGACUUUCGAAACGAAAGAUCGACACUUGAACGAAACGUUGAUUGCAAGCUCAGAUCUUUGAGGGACAAGUACGAAAUGGACUUGCAAACCGCAAUAGAUAACGAACAGCUUUAUAAAACUAAGUUAAUGCAGACGAAGGAUAAACUGGAGAAAACCGAUGUUCAGUUGCAACACGCGGAGAACAAGUUGCAGGAAUACGUAUCCGAGUUGAGUAACGCAAACGAGGUAAUCAAACGGUUAAGUAUGGAAAGAGACAACUCGAAAAAAUUAGCGAGGCAAGAAAUCGAAGGAGAAAAAAGAGAAUUGGAGGAGAAAAUUGCUUCGCUUUAUCAUGAAAUCACUCAUAUCAAUGCGAAUAGAGACACUUCGAUGACUCAAUUGCACAGCAGAAUUAAACUGAUAAUGACUCAAAAGGUGUUGACGAUCAAAAAUUUGACCAAAGAACGUGAUGACGUCAAAUUAAAAUGUCAACAUUUGGAAAAGUUAUUGGACCAACAGAGAAGAGAAUAUAUUUUGAAAACUUUAUAAAUAACAAUGUUGUUGUUGUUGUUGUUGUUUUGUGACUUAUUCGAUCACAUGUGUAUUCCUUUUUAUUUAUGCGGGUAGGAUUAGGUAUGCAUUUCGUAUAAAAUAAAUAAAACCGUCUCAAAUGA